AUGGCAUCAGCAACUCCAACGUCAAACAACAAUCGUCUUGUCAAGAUCACUCUCUUCAUAAAAAAGAAAGAUAGUAUUUCACACGAAGAAUUUCACAGAUAUUGGUCUGAGGAACACUCCAAGAUAUUUCUUUCGCUUCCUAUAAGCCGCCGAAACCUUGUGAAAUACUCGCAGUAUCACUCUGAUACCUCUAUCGACCUAACCAGGUUCGGCUUUAAUAAUAUGCUGGGCUAUGAUGGAGUCGCGAGCCUUUGGGCAAACAGCUUCGAAGAAUUGCUAGCAAUUUUCACUUCUGAAGAUUUUCGUAAGACUUUACUUCCGGACGAGGAUAGGUUCAUCAACAGAGCUGAACUUGUCUCCAUGGUCGGGUGGGAUGAGGAUAAAUGGGACAAUGGAAAGACCCUCUGA